GACGCUUACUGGGAAUACGACAUCGUCGUUGAAGCAAUUACGUUUGAGGAAGGUCAUGACGAAUUAAUAGAAAGCUCAGAAAAGAAAACAUUUCGAACUGCAGAGGCCGUUCCUGGACCAGUGGCGCAGUUCGAUGUUACACCGGAAGAGAACGUGUUGAAGGAACGGAACUUUCAUAUUGACUGGAAAAUGCCUGCUGAGCGGGAAUUAAACGGCGUCCUUACAGGAUUUGUAAUUCACUAUCAAAGUGAAAAGAUUGAGGUACAUGUUGAUCCAAACACAACAAGCAAGACGGUAUACUACAAUGUAAUUGGUAGCUACAAUGUGUCGAUACAAGCUAGUACAAGUGUAGGCUCCGGUGCAGCUGUCCAUAAAGAGAUUACUGUGAACCCUGGAGCUCCGAUAAAAGUUGACGAAAGCAAGGAACUAUUGAUGCAAAUUGCAUCGAUGUCUGUUGACAAUAACAAGAAGCAGAUAACAGUAAUUCUUCCACUCGCACAGUUUCUCUGCAAUAGCAGUAACGGACCAUCAACCAAGUGGGGCAUUGUAGUUGCAGAAGCAGAUGAGGCAGCUACAGAUACAGCGUUUGCUGGUUCAAGAGACGACUUUCAAAAGAAGAUCGAUGACGAAUACAAGAACUGGUUUCAAGUAUACGGCUUAAACAGUAUUCCGCCAUAUAUUGUCACAAAGCCGAAUUGGAAGCCAUCUUGCACAAACGGUAGCUAA